AGGCUCCGUGCCCCGCCCGCCUCGGCUCGGCACGGCUCGGCACGGCUCGGCAUCGCACGACGCGGCACGGCUCGGCAUCGCACAAAGCGGCGCGGCACGGCUCGAUUCCGCACGACGCGGCUCGGUUCGGCUCGGCUUCGCACGGGUCAGCACGGCACGGCACGGCUCCAGCAGCUCCCGAGCCAUUCAAACAAGUGGCUCCGGCCGCACUUCAUAGCUGGGGCUGGGGAGAGGGUGCAGCGCGGCUCCCUGCCCCGGAGGCGCCGGGCCCCUCACACUGCCUCUUUUCUCUGCUGCUCGCUCUUUAUUUGACGAUGAAAUAAUGUUGACAUGUCUUGAAUUAUUAAGUAUUCCCUGGAUUUUAUUAGCACAUGAUGCCUAAAUGCUGCCUGUAUCUGCUGGGGUCUUAACCAGAGAGGAGCGAAGGAGAGAGGCAGAGAGACAGAGCGAGGGAGAGGAGAGAGAGGGGUUUUUGACAGCUGUAUUUGUGCUGAUAAGCGAAGGCACAAGGAGACGAUCGACUAGUGAGACAAGAGGGAAGCGGCGGCUCAGAGCUGCUGAGAGGGGCUGCGCUUCCCUCCCGAGACGGCUCGGCCCUCCCGGCGCCGUGCCGGGGCUUGGGGGGGACCCGAGCCCCCUCCCAGCGCCUGGCCGGGCUCUCGGACAGUGCCCGUGCCGGGGGGCAGCUCGCUGGCUGGGCACGCCGGCAGCGAGGGGCAGAUGCCGAUUGAGAUCGUGUGUAAAAUCAAAUUUGCCGAGGAGGAUGAGAAGCAGAAGGAGAAAGAAGAAGGGGAUAAGGAGAGCCUGAUCGAGGAGCCUGCCCGGCCCCGCUCUCGGGACCUGGCCGCCUUCGCCAGCACCAGCACGCUGCACGGCCUGGGACACAUCUGCCGGUCAGGGCGGCUGGGCGUGCGCCAGACCCUCUGGGCGCUCGCCUUCCUCGCCUCGCUCGCCUUCUUCCUCUACCAGGCGACCAAGUCAGCGCUGCUCUACCUGGAGCACCCCCACGUCAUGGCCCUGGAUGAGGAGGCCACGCGUGAGAUGGUCUUCCCGGCCAUCACCAUCUGCAACAUCAAUCGCUACCGGCACUCAGCGCUCACCGAUGCUGACAUCUUCCACUUGGCCAACAUGACCGGGCUGCCCCCCAAGGACCGGGAUGGCCACAAGGCCACAGACCUGCUCUACCCUGACCCCGACAUGGCUGACAUUGUCAACCGCACUGGCCACCAGCUCGACGAUAUGCUCAAGAGCUGCAACUUCAGUGGCGAGAACUGCUCAUCGCGUGAUUUCACUGUGGUGAGUGCACAACUGGCUCAGCUUCACUGGGGUCCCUGCCGGUGCAGGGGGCAUGCACCCGGAUGCGCCUCGCUGGAGCAAGGCUGCUCAAGUUUGCAUCUCUCUGAGUUUCCCUCCAAGUUUCACAUGGAGAGAGGGAAAGGCUGCUCCGUGGGAGCUCUUGGCGGCAGGGACAGCCCCGAGCCGCAGCAAGGCUCCCCUGCAGCUCCGCUGAAAGAUGUCCCCCCCUGCGUCAGCUGCCGGAGAGCCAUGCUGGAGCCCCUUCAGACCCCUGCACGGGGUGGCAGGGCUGGGCUGCCCCUGCUGCUGCCCAGCGCCCGCCGGCACACUGCCUGGUGCCUCGCUGAGGGCG